CGCGUCAUGAAAAACAUGGCGGAUUAGUGUGUGCAUGGGGACCGCUACUUCCCACCCGUCGUCGAUAAAUUAAAGCUUAUUUCUUGCAGCAAACGACACAUUCUUGGACAGGUCAAAAUGUUUCGUCGGUCAAGAUUCAGUGUUCGGCCUAAUGUCGGUACGGCAGGGAGAACAACAGCAACAUCUCAGGAAGCUCCCACUGUAAACCAGGAAGCCAGUGAGACCCCCAAAGAUGUCAGUGAGAGCAGCACUGCUACCGCUGUGACAGAUAAGUCUGUUGUGACCCCAUCAGAAAAACGUACAGCCCCAGGGGAUACCAAUGACCAAAAUGGGGAAAGUGCCAGCUCCUCAGCAGCAGUUCAGAGAAGAAAACGAUUUUCUAUCAAGCCCAAAGUCGCCCCAGGCCGCCCCGCCGCUGUUGCUCGGACGCCAAAGUCCCCUGUCAAGGCAGUCUCUGAAACUCCUGUUGAAGUCUCUGCCGCAGACCUUGACAAGCCAACAACGUCCAGCAAAGGUGAAACUUCAACAGCCCCUCUAGGACUCCAGUCCCCGAGGCGGCGGAGGGCUUCAGAAGAGAGCAAGCAGCCCAAAGUGCCACCUAAACCCACCCUCAUCCCUUCUGACAGUCCAGGACUUUCAGCUGUUCCCCCAGCCGAGGACUUGCGAGAACAAACCGAACCGCUAGCAGAAAGUGGCAAACAAUUAGAAAGCACGUCAGACGGUCAAGUUAAAGAAGUUCCUCCCAGACUACCAGAUAAAGUCCCCCCCUCUCUACCGGAUAAAGAAGCUAUUGAGAUAUCGGAGAAAGCCAAGACUCUAGUGUCAUCUAAGAGUGGGCUUUCACUGUCACAACCAGCGUUUUCCUUGAGUAGACUCCUGAAUGACCCAUCGGACUUACAGAGGAUUGCAAAGGCCCGAAAGCUCAGAGAGUUGCUCAGGCAGGAGAUGCACAAAGAAAAGAAAAGCAAGAGAGCUAAGGCACGUGCAAAGGAAUAUACUUUAGAUCCUGCCAAAAUGACCAUGAGGGACCUUAUUCGUUAUCUGCCAGUGUCUAACCCAAUGACAUCUAGUUUAGAAGACCCAGCUCCGGAAAAUGAGACUGUGGUACCAUUUUCUCCAGGAAGAGAAGAGUCACCAGAGAGAGCGCAGGAACCUGAAGUCACCCCUAAAAUUUCAAGCCCAAGGCAGGAGGAGGAGGAGGAAGAGGUGGAUGUGGCAGCAGAGGAUGAGCAGGAAGAUGCUCUUAUGGUUCCUCAGGUCAAAGUAGCAGAGGACGGCUCACUGAUCAUUGAUGAGGAGAGCUUGACAGUGGAAGUCCUGCGAGCCAAAGGGCCAAAUCCUGCUCAAGAACGAGACCCCAUCUUUGAGCGUGGCUCCACUACAACUUAUUCAAGCUUCAGGAAGGGGACCUAUUCGAAACCCUGGUCCAGUGAAGAGACAGACAUGUUCUUCCUGGCAAUUAGCAUGGUGGGGACAGACUUUUCCAUGAUAUGUCAACUGUUUCCUCACAGAGCUCGAUCAGAGAUAAAGAACAAAUUCAAAAAAGAAGAGCGUGUGAAUGCAUGGAGGAUUGACAAAGCUUUCAGAGAGAGGCGCAAGCUCGACAUAGAGUAUUUUUCUAAGUUGUUAGAGAAGAUUCUGGAAGUUCAGAAAAACAGAAAGAAACUCAAGUUAAUCGCUGAAAAGAACUCCCCAAAGAAGCAGAAGAGAAAGGCAAAGGCCAAAAAAGCUGCAAAUAAGCUAAGUGAUGUGGAGGAGGAAGAUGAGGAGGGGAAGAAUGGAAUUCCUGACUUGGAGGAGGAGGGUGAGAAAGAGAAUGAGGACCUCUGCAAUGAGGGAGGAACCCCUGUUUCUAAGCCUAAGAAGAAACGCAAAAGAAAGAAUACACAGGACGCCUCGACCGAGGAACCAAAUGACAAAAAAAACAAAACGGUGGAAAAAAGCAGUGAACAAGAUGAGGCAUACAUACCCGAAGAUGCAGAGGCAGCACUUCCUGAGGACCAUACAAAUUCAGACAUGUCUGAAAAGACUGAGAAUAUGAAUGCAGCCAAGGACACCGCAAUCAAGCCAGCUAAACUCUCACGAGGCAGAGCACCAAAACCGCUACUGCCUUUGGGCCGGAAGUGGGGUAAAAAGGCUCCACCACCCUCCUCAAAGGCCAAAGAUACUGCGUCGGAAAAAGGGGACGAGAGUGCGAGUGAUGGAGCUUCUAAAGAGCAGGUUAAUAAAGAUGCAUCACCUAUAAGGCAAGCCGAGCAGAAGACAACAGCCAAGGAUGAUGUUUCCUCUGAAGAAGAAGAUGCCACUGUUCAACCGCUGAGACCUACCAGGUAUGGGAGAGUGCCCAAACCCACCAAGCCCUUGACUUACCCUGCCAAAGAGGAUGCACACUCCUCUGCAUCUGAAACCACUCCUGCCUCGCCAGCAGGGUCCACUGUUUCUGCUGCCAAGCCUAAACCUAAAUGCACAGCCAAGAGAGGACGAACGUCGAAGCCACAACCAACCCAAGAGUCGAAAAAGCCCAAACUAGUCACCCUCAGAGCUUCUCAAUCAGAAUACAGUGAUGAAGAAAAUGAAAAUCAGUGGGAGGAAGAAGAAGUGGAGGAGGAUGAGCACCCUGAAUCUAACUCCAGCAUUGCCCCAGCGUUUGUGCCUGCCAGCCUGCGCUCCCCACAUCCUGUAAUUUCAGAGGUGGAAGAGACUAUGGAGGAGCUUGAUAUCUUGGCCAAUAUGCCUGAUGUGUUGGGCAUCUCCCAAGAUGCUCUGUGCCCCGAUGCCUCUUGUGAGCUGGCACAAAAUGAGACAGGCACAGCUGAAUCCUGUGAACAUCAGCUUGACCUGCUGGUUGAUGUUAUAGACUUCCUUUCUUCAGAACCUGCAGAAGAAUCUGAGGACGAGAGCUACAAUGAGGCUGCUCAGACCCUGUUGACCAUUGGCAACCUGGCUCACCUUUGCCAGUCAGCACAGAAUCAAACAACCAUACAAGAUCACACAACAGGGACAACAUCAAUAAGUGUGGACGAAACCAGCCAACACCUAGAAGUAGAGAUUGCAUCAAAGCCUGCUGCACAAGAGGAAAACAGUGCUACUCCUCUCAUGUCUGCAACUUCUAGUGAAGGAGUCCCAGAAACAUCAGAAACUGUUGCCACUGUGGAGCUACAACACAGCACAACAGAGAAUAGUAACCUGCCCAUUACUGAAACCACUGAUCAGAAGACUGGUUCGGAUAUUCCAGAGAGCUCACAGAACAAUUCUCCACAAACUAGGAAAGGGCGCAUAUCCAAGGUAAAACCAAAACCUAACCUAGGCCAAGCCUCAAGGACUGCUCGCUCAAAAUCCCAACCAGACACAUCAACAGGGAGGACAGCUGAAGAGAGCCGCACAGUUGCUCCCAAACUUUCUGAAGUCACUGAGACACUAUCAGCUGCCAAAGACACCCCUGUUGACUGUUGUCAAAAAUUAUCCAAGGAUGAAAUUUCUUGUAUUGAAGUCAACCUUACAGAAGAGCCAUCUGGUAGUCAGGAGAGAUCUGUUGGUCAAGUAAAAUUAGGUGCAGCAACAUCAGAUCCAACUGCCUCAGAAAACCAGAGUCACACUCCAUCUGAACCCAGUCUGGAACAGGCCACCAGCAACUCCACCAGAGUCUCCACAGAUAAAAUACUGAUGUCUCAUGUUGGGACCACCAAGAGUAGUUGUAAUCUGUUGACAUCUGACACAGCAGUCACCGAAUUGCAAGGGACAAACAUGGAUUCAGUUCCAGUCCAACUGAGCAGCGACCAUCCUGCUCCAUGUGUUACACCUGUAAAAGAUUUACCUGCGAGUCAGAAAGAAGAGAGUGAAGAAGCAUCUAUUCACCAGACUAGGAGAAGUCGAUUCCAGAGGGUCAAACCCAAACCCAGCCUAGCACAGACAUCAAGAGCUGUACAUUCUAAACUUCAAACCAAAAAAGACACUGUAGAGAAAAACUCCAACCCAACUCCAAACCCCAAAUUCAAUGAAAAAACAAUAGAAGAGGAUGAAACGGAACCAACUUGCACCACCUCUCCUGAAAAACCAAGUCAAAGCAGCACUGGUCUUGCUUCAGAUUUGAUACCAUCAUUGGAUUCAGGCUCUACUCUUACACCCCCCACAGAGGAACUGUCUACAACUGUGGACAAAAAGACAGAUGAUGGAAAUGUUUUUCAUGUAGAAUCAGAUGCAGCAACAUCAAAUCAGAGUGCCUCAGGGAACGAGAUCACAAGGCCAACAUCUGAGUCCAUACAUGAAAAACUGGUGUCUCAUGUUGAGACAGAUGACAGUAGUUAUCCACUGACAUCCGACUCAGCAGUUCCAAAAUCACAAGUUGGACAAGAGUCAGACAUACACUCAGCCCCCGUCCAAGAGAUUAGCGACCAUCCUUCUCCAUGGGUUACACAUGUAGAGGAGUUAUCUGUCAGUCAGAAAGAAGAGAGUAAAGUUACAUCUACUUGCCAGCAGUCCAAACUUCAAUCCACAAAAGAUCCUGUCACAAACGUGCAACUUAUGGAUAAACCCUCCGGCCCAGCUUCAGUGCCUGAAUCUACUGACAACACAAUAGCAGAGGUAGAAGCACAGCCAACUUGCAGUACCACCCCUACUCAAAAACCAUGCCAAAUUAAAAGUACUGGCACUUCAGUUUCAGUACCAUCAUUGGUAUUGUGCUCUACUCUACCCAAAGAAGAAUUAUCUUUAACUGGUGACCAAAAGACAAAUGUUGGAAGUGCACUAGACUCAAGCUCAGAAGGCUCAGAACAAAAUGCAACUCAAAGGAGGCGACGCUUUCCCAAAGUCAAACCCAAACCUAAUUUAGGACCAUCCACUAGAACUACACAGACAAAACUGCGGACAACUGUUGUCAGUACACCAUCAGAACAGCACCAUAUGGACACCUCUUCAAGUGUAACCUCAGAACAACAGCCUGUGGACAAUAAUAAUGCACAAACAGAGCUAAAACUUGCAGAGGAAGACAGUCAGAGACAAUCACUAGAUGGCAAAAAUGAUGAAGGUACGUCCUCUGAUGGUAUCGUCAUAACCACAUCUUCGGUUGCUGAGAAUCAGUCUGAGUUGACUGACUCAGUUAUUGAAAAUAAGACCAAUGAAAAACCCACAGUUGAAGUAGAAUCCACAGGGGACAAGGUGGAGACUAUACGUGUUUCACAAGGGGACUGCAAGCAGGACAGAACUACAGAGACAAAUACCCAACCAUCAGAUAAUCCAAUUGCAAUUUCAGAUGUCCAGUCUUCAGAGGAUGGGUCAACAGAGUCAAAAAUUAAAUCUAUACUCCUUACUAAUACACAGUCCACACCAGCUCCAAAAGAAAGCACUCCAAUUUCAGAGAAUGCUUCCGAGGCACAAAGUCAAGAUGCAGUCCAACAAUGUUCUGAAACCCCUGCCACUAAUCAAAUAACUACCCAAAGCACUGAUGAUAAUACGUCGAAGUCAGCUGACUCAUCCCAGUCCUCAAGAAAAGCUCCUCAGACUCGUAGAGGUCGGCUUGUUAAACCCAAACCCAACCUGAGACGCAGCAGCCAACCUUCACAACCCCAAAAAGUCCAGAAUAUAAAACAAGCAGAAGCAGACUCUGGUAUUUGCGCACAAAGUGCGGAUGCUUCAGUUUUCGACAAACCUGUGUCUGAACUCCAGCCUGACAUUCAAGAACUAGCAGAGGGAGCUAUUGAGCAACAUAGUAGUCAGAAUUGCCCUCCAAGUGAUGCUGUUUCCUCACUUGGCUGCUUGACACAAGUUACUGAACAACUGAAUCAACAAGACUCGCCUUCAAAAGUUGCUGGAGCCUCUCUGGGCUGUGUGACAGAAGUGCCUGACAAUUCUGCUCAGGAUGCAUCAGCAUCAAGUACAGGAGGGAUCCAAAGCCAUCCGAGUCUCACAAUAUUUCCAGACCUGUUGUCAGAGCAGGUGCCUUCAGAUCCAGAUGAACCGUUUUUCAUCCUCUCUUUGACUGAGAUCCCAGUCUGUUCAACAGGGGAGGUGGUAGACUGUGUGUCUGAGCCUCUCCCUUAUCUUCCCGUGGCAGAUGCAUCAAUACAGCAGCAGAGCAGUGUUUCUGGAGAGAGUUUGGCGGCAGCAGGACAUGGGCUCUCUAAUGUCGCUGUACCUGUGUCCAUGGAGGAGAGUGGUGAGACAGGCCUCAUUAAUGCAAAAGAUACUGGACCAGACCCAGCUACAUAUAUAGGUUCGAUCAUGGAGAAUCCAGUGGAUCCACAUGAGAGUACUACAGUCCAGUCAUCCAUAUUACCAGAGACUGUAGAGAAUAAUGAUAAGACUGAACAUCCACCUACAAAACAAAGACUAAUGGGCACUGGAAGAACAGCCAAACUGCAGGCUAAGCCCAAAACUCAAAGGAAAAAACAAGCCAGCAAGACCCUCACUGCCAAGGAAGCAGAGCCUAUCUGCACCCAGGACUCAGAGCGUCCCGGGCCUUCUGUGCAGCCAAAAGACUUUGAUGAGGUUGUCACUGAGCCACAGAAAGGAAGCGAUGAUCGUGAAGACACUGAAAAGGAGACUCUGACGAGUGGGAAUGAGGUCGAGGAUCACAGCUCUGGAGCACAAACUACACAGACUAGGGGCACUAGGAGUCGGAAUAGAAAUCCCAAAGGCUUCCCUUCCUCCCUUGCUGAGACAGACAUCACUGACCCUUCAAGCAGUUCUCCAUCUUGCAAAGCAGCUUCCAAGGGCUCUAAGGUCAAAACUCCGCGUGCAGCAAGGAAACGAUCUACCCCAGCACCUGUAGCCUCAACAUCCUAUGAUGUCGCUCCCUCACCCAGUCCCACACAGCCUCCAGAGGACACCCAUUUCACACCCUCUACUACAUCACCAACACAAACUGAGGUGGACAUGGAACAGACCUCUGAGCACAGCCGACUAUGCUCGACUCCUAACACUUUCUUGUGUCCAGCUGAGGUUCCAGCUUCCCGGCACAGUGACGAUGUGGAGAGCACCUCUAUAGAGGAGCCCACCAGCGUGUCUCAGUACUUCUUAAGUGACAUUUUUACAGAAGUUGAAGAGGGAUAAAAGCCAUAGAGAGGUGGAGUGAGAGGAGUAACCUGUGGGCUUGCCUUUUUAAAAGAUUUUUUGUGUUAAGUUAUGUUUGUAAAGGUUAAUUUAUAACUAAAAGAUUUAGUUUUUGUUGUGUUUGCUGUCAGUUGCAAUUAAGUGAAGCAAAAUCUACUAGACUGACGGAUGCAUUUUUUACUUUCACAAGCACUUUGAAUAUGUACAGUAGUUUCAAUUUACUGAAAUGCCUUUUUACACGACCAUUAGUUCGAAUAAUAAAUAUUGAAUUGUAACUCAAUAACCAAAACACUGGUAAAACACUAGUUUGACUCGAAGAGGUUACAGCUUUGUCCCAAUUAUUCAAUGUUCAGAUUCCCUAACUUGAUUAUAAUUACCUGUGAACAUGUACAUAUUGUACAAUAGUAAACUGUUUUUUGUUUUGUUUCUGUCAUUUUUCGAUACCUGUUCCAUUAACACAGACCACAACAUUGGUCUCAGGAAUAAAAACUGCAUUACUUGCUAUCAUGUACAGUUGCAUGUUUAAAUGUCUUACCUUUUUAAUGCCUCUUUUGAGUAUUUUUGUGUUAAUUUUUAAUCACCUGUUCUAACCUGAAACUAUUUUUUGGUUGUAUGUGAUAAAAAAAAAAGGAUGUCUUAAAGUUGGCCUUUCAUUUCAUGUAGUAAUAUUGCAUUAUUUUAUUCUGAAAUUCACCGCAUACAGAGCAGAAAUUUUGUUUUACUGUAUAUAGUAUAUAGAUCAUUUGAAUGUUCAAAGAGGUCCUUGUACAGAUCGACGGCAUUCAGAUUAUGUUUGAUACUUGAAACGAAAACACAUCAUGUGUUCUCUACCAUGUGUUUCAUUAGUUCAUGAAAAAUAAAAUGUGGAAUUAUGUAAGAUUUGAAUAAAAUGUAUUCUUCCACCAACACUUGAUCCAAUCUUUCAUCUAGAUGCA